GGUUUGAACAACCCUAAUUUAAUUCAGCCCUCUUAUUUUAUAGAUUUAGAAUCUGAUUCUAAGAAAAAACAAACAGUUCCCCAAAUUUCACACUAUUAAUUGAGUCUUAAGUAAAACUCAAGUUUCCUGAUGUCCUAAUCUUGUGUACUCAGAACACUCAAGGGCAGGAACUUUAUCCAUGACACUGGGAGCUUUCUUCAUGAUCCUGUUGAGCAAGCAUUGGAGAGGCAGGUGAAGGAGGCUGAAUGACAUCCAUAGAAUAGGUUAUUCUGUCCACCUGAUUAAGAAUCUUUUCCAUAGUGAAGCCCUUUGAAGAUGGAUUCUACAUCUCUGUUAUCAACAUUUUUGGAUAUGGAUCUGACAAUAUCACAUAUAGAGUGUCUUCCCAAGGACAUUGUGGUGAAAUUUCAAGGCAGAAAUAAUAUUGAAUGUGAGUUUGACUACCACAUACUGCAGAGGGAGAUACAGCAUAUUCCAAAAGUGAAAAAUAACGUGGACGUUGAUCAGUUUUGUUUGGUAGAAGAAAGAAUAUCUGGAGAAUGGCACAGAGGAAGAGUUGUGGAAAAGAAAAAUGAACUAUACACAGUGCUUCUCAUAGAUCGCGGAGAAGAACUGAGAGUUGAUCGUACACAAGUUGCUUCAGCCUGUGGCAACAUAUUUGAGCUACCACCACGGGUAGUAUUUGGCAUUUUUGCCAACAUACUGCCAGUUGGGGAAAAAUGGUCUCCUAAGGCUUUGAAUUAUUUCAAGUCAUUAGUAGGACUACAAGUGAAAGGUUGUGUACAAGCUGUUUUGCCUCUUCAAACAAUUCUUCUUGAAGUGCCAACAAUUAUAUCCCAGAUUCUUGAAUUACAAUUAGGAAGACUUGUUGAUGGGGAUUCAUUUUGUCUUAUUGUGGAAAUGUUAAAAGAAUUCCCACAACAAAUGCCAGAUUUAUUACAACAUAAAAGACCUGAAUUAUCAUUAAGUAGUAAUGAUACUUUACUGGAUAUUCGACAUGUUCUGGAUAAUUUACAGCCAUCUUUGUCAGCAGGCAAUAUUGAAAGUGUAAAAGUAUCAUCUGCAUUGAGCCCGAGUAAAUUUUAUUGUCAAUUAAUUAAAAGGAUUCCAGAGUUAGAAAACUUGACAGUAUGUAUGACUUUGCAUUAUGAUGUUAUCAGUCAGGAAAGUAGUCCCAUGUGUGAUAAUUUUGGACUACUUUGUGUUGCCAAAAGGAGAAAUGGACAGUGGCAUAGAGGAAUUCUUCAGCAGCUCUUGCCCAAUAAUCAAGUGAAAAUUUGGUUUAUGGAUUAUGGCAAUAGUGAGGCUGUACCAUCAAUUCAUGUAAAGAAACUUAAACAGGAUUUUAUUUUAGUACCAUUAUUUUCAUUUCCAUGUUCUCUGACAUAUUUACACAGUCCAGACAGAGAUGCAAGAAAAUUUCAACUGAAUGUAUUUAAACAAGCCUUGUUAGGACAGAUAGUAUAUGCGCACAUUGAUUGGUUCAAUAAAGACGAGCAUUUGUAUUAUGUGACAUUACAAACUCAAAAGUCUACAAUUAAUUCUGAGUGUCUGCUGAAGACUGUAGGCACACAAGUACUUUGUCCAGUGUCUGAUUCAAAAAUCUCUAAUAUGUUGAGAGAGACUAAUACUUCUGAUGUAAAUAGCUUUGCAGUUGAGAGUUUCAUUGGAAAUAUUGAACGAUCAAUAGACUUUCUAAAUAAAAAAGACACUUUGAAAGUAGAUUUUCUUAUUAAAACUGUAGAAAUGGAGAUACAGGCUUCCUACAUAGCUUUUGUAGCAUAUGUGUUAAACCCAUCAAAUUUCUGGGUACGCACAAAUGAACAUCAGAAGGAAUUUCAAGAUAUAAUGAAAAAUAUAAACAAAUGUUAUGAUUUUUGUGAAAACGAUGAACUGAUUCUGAGAAAUCCAGAACCUGGAUUAUUUUGUUGUGCUAGGUACAGCAAGGACAGACAUUUUUACAGAGCUGUCAUCACUGAAAUUAAUGGAUAUAAGAUUGAUGUUUAUUUUUUGGAUUAUGGAAAUACUGAUUCCAUACCAUUUUUUGAUGUAAAAAUUUUGCUUCCAGAGUUUUGUAAGUUGCCAGCCUUAGCCAUGUGUUGUUCACUUGCACACACAUUUCCUGUUGAAGAUUUAUGGGUGAAGGCAGCAACUGAUUUUUUUAAAGAAAUUGUCUUGAACAAAGCAAUUUUGCUUCAAGUUAUAGCAAGAAAAGAUGACAAGUACACUGUAAAUAUUCAGAGUAUUGAACCCUCAGAAAAUACCGAUGUUGUUUCUCUUAUGUUACAAGCUGGAUAUGCAGAAUAUUGGGAAAUAGAGCCAGAAUAUUAUCCAAACUCUGUAAGUGAAUAUCCAGUGUUAAAUUUAAAAUCAGAAAACAAAGUUAAUAUUAAAAAAGUCAUAUCUGCCCUUCUUGAAGGACCUAAACCUAGAAAGUACCAUUCAAAUAAGCUAACAGAAAGCAACCUGUCUUUGUUAAAGUCCCCAGCUGUUAAUUUCUCAGAUUUAAAAAAUCCUUUCACUUUGUCUGUGGGAUCUGAGUCACCACGGCCUUAUAAAGAAUAUAUGUUUAAACCAGGAACAGUCCUUGAAGUUAAAUGUUCUUUUUAUUAUGGCCCAGGUGACUUUUCAUGCCAACUCCAAUGUAAGUUAGAAGACCUAAAAUUACUAAUGGAACAGAUUCAGAAUUAUUAUAGCAUUCAUUCUGAUCCUUAUCAGAUUGGGCAGAUUGCUUGUGUUGCUAAGUAUUCCAAAGAUGGAAGGUGGUAUAGAGCUGCUGUUUUGACUCAAAUGUCAAAAAAAGAACUUGACGUAGUAUUUGUUGAUUAUGGUUACCAGGAAAGAGUUUUAAUUAAAGAUCUUUGUGCUAUUAACCCACAUUUUCUUUUUUUAGAAGCCCAAGCCUUCAGAUGUAGUCUUAACUAUUUAGUUGAACCCAUUAGUUGUAAAUUAUUCAGUUGGACAAGAGAAGCAUGCAGAGACUUUGGGAAUUUUAUUUCUUCAUCUAGAGGGUUAUUGACUUGUAUCAUCUAUGCCUUAGUUCUUAUACAUCCAAACUAUUUAUAUAAUUUAGUAGAUUUACAAUCUCCAUUUACUAGUGCAAAAGAAUUUCUUAUUAAUCAUGGCUCUGCACAGUAUAGCAUAUUAUCACAGCCAUUCCCAUCUUCAGUUAGUCUUUACAGUUACUGUUAUUCUUCCUUUAAUAUAAAAAUUGGAAGUGAAGAAGAAAUAUAUAUAUCUCACAUAUGUAGUCCCAAAAAGUUUUAUUGCCAGCUUAGUAGAAAUAAUAAAGACCUGAAGAUGAUAGAAACAAAAAUCACAGAGAUUAGUAACCUCAGAAAUUAUCCAAAAUAUGAUUCUAGUAAAAUGAGAUUGUGCAUAUCUAAGUACAUAGAGGAUGGUCUCUCUUACAGAGCUUUAGCAAUGCCAACAGAUUCAUUAUCUGACUUUCUGGUCUAUUUUGUGGAUUUUGGAAAUAAGCAAUUAGUAGAAGAAAGUAUGUUGAGGGCUAUUUCAGAUCAGUUUCCAGAAUUGCUGUUUACACCUAUGCAGGCUAUUAAGUGUUUUUUGUCAGAUCUUAGAGAUGUAGAUAUUCCAGCAGAAAUCAGUAGCUGGUUUGAAGAUAAUUUCUUGGGAAAACCAUUAAGGGCAAUAGUAUUGUCCAGGGAGUCAGAUGGCCAGCUUGGUAUAGAAUUGUAUGAUGGAUGUCAGCAUAUAAAUCAGAAAAUUAAAACGUUGCUUAAUGCUUAUGGAAAAAAACAUUGUGACCAAGCAGAUUGUGUGGAAAAGGGUCAUAAAAUAAGUGAGAAUAAGAGACUUGCUCUUUCUUUGAAAGGGAAAAUAGAAAACAACUAUCACCAAAAUAUAAGUAAAACUAGUCUAGUAACAUAUUCUGAAAGCAGAAUAGAUCAAUUAAUGAAUCCCAAAAGUAUGUAUGCCAGGCUUUUGAAACCAUCAGUUUGUUAUAAAAUUGAACCUGUGUCAAAAAACAAAGUGAAGAAGUCUUUGAAUGAUGGACUUAAAAAUAAUAGUAUAAAAAUUGUCCCUGGAUCUGCACAUAUUCUUGAUGAAAGUGUUGUGGGCCAGAAAUCGGUAAGCGUUGUGUCACAGUCUUUUAUCAGAGAGUUAAAUCAAGCAGCCUCACAAAACCCAUAUAAUCUUCCUAGACCACAGAUCAAAGACCUUCCUCAACCCAAAAUUUACUUGAAUGCCAAAGUUAAAGGAUAUGUUUCUAAUAUCAGUAAUCCAGCAAGUUUCCAUAUUCAGCUUGCUGAGAAUGAAAAUGUAAUCAUCAGACUUGCAGAUGCUCUAAAUGAAAGAAAAGCAAAUACAGUGAAAGAGAGAAAAUCAGUUAAACCUGUGGUGGGAGAUCUUAUAGUUGCAGAAUACUCUGGUGACAAUGCCAUUUACAGAGCAGUUAUUAAGAAAAUUUUGCCAAGAAAUUCUUUUGAAGUGGAAUUUAUUGACUAUGGUAACACUGCAGUAGUAAACACGUCUAAAAUUUAUGAACUUAAGAGGGAAUUCUUAACUAUUCCUCAGCUAGGAAUCCAUUCUUUUCUUAGUGGAGUAAAGUGGAAUGAGCCUGAUGAAAUAUGGGACAGCAAAACUGUGGAUUAUUUUGCUUCAAGAGUAAUUAACAAAACAAUUUUUUGUGAAUUUUUGAAAAAGCAUGAGCAGAAAUGGGAAGUAAAUAUAACUUGUGAUGAGAGAUGUGUCGUUAAUGAACUACUGAAAUGGACAGCAUAUUCAAAACUACAGGAAACAGUAUUGCAAAUGCCUCAGGUUGUCUCUCCGAAGGUGAGCCCUGGUGAUGAUAAUAAAGUGAAGAAAGGAAGACCAAAUGGAUAUGAAGGUUCUAUGAAUCUUCAGCCAUCCUACCAACAGCUGGUUAAUAUUCCUUUUGAAGAGUUAAAACCUGGACAGCUUGAAAAGGCUGAAAUACUUUAUGUUUCAAAAAGUGGAACAUUUUAUGUGAGGUUAUCUAAAAAUAAAAAAAUUUUAUCAGAUUUAACAGUAUUACUUGCUGAAGGAGUAAAAAAACCUUUUUUAUCAAUGGAAAAUAUUGAAAGAGGCUUAGAAUGCUUGGCAAAAUCUAAAAAAACUUUGAAGUGGUAUCGAUCAAAAGUAGAAAAGUGUAUUAAAGAGAAAGUGCAUGUUUUUUUAGUAGAUUGUGGUAGGUAUGAAAUAGUGCCUUUCUGUAAUACCAGUGUACUUAGUAAUGAAAUCAGAAAUAUUCCAAGACAAGCUGUGCCUUGUAAAUGGAUUUGGUUUGAAAAUUUUAGGAACAUACCGUUUGAGUCUAUUGUGUGUUUAUUUGCUCAUUUGGAAGUAAACAUCCUUUUCCUGAAAUAUUUAGACUCUGCCUGGGAAGUAGAAAUUUUGGUAGAUGGCCUGUUACUUUUGGAAUAUUUAAGCACAGUUCAUUUUGAAGAAAACAGACUUAGGUCUUCAGAAAUUUUCAACGUGGAAUCUAAGACUCCUGUGUCAUCAUACACAGUAAGAUCAUUUACUUGGGCACAACUCCAAAAUGGUAGGCAAUAUUCUGGUAUUGCCACUGCUGUUUUUGAUCCAUCAGAUUUCUGUGUUCAGUUAGAAGAUUUCUUUGACACAAUGAAAUUGCUCUUUAUUUUGCUGUCUGAUCUACCAGAAACCUUACAAACAGUGCCUCAAGAGCACAUAAUUCCCGGAUCUAGUUGUUUGUUCAGAUAUAAAUUGGAAGACCAGUGGAAUAGAGUGGAAAUUUCUGAAGUGUCUGAUCAGUCUUUACUUCUUUUAUUGAUUGACUAUGGAUUUUCUGUUUACAUACCUUAUUCAGAUAUAAAAAAUCUUAAAGUUGUUCCUGAGGAACUUUUGAAUUUGCCAAGGCUGAGUUAUCCUUGUAUCUUAGAUGGUAUCUUACCUGCUAAAGGGAAGCAUUGGAAUAAAGAAGCCAGAAGUUUUUUUCAAGAUUUCCUGAGUAAACCAGGCUUAGUUUUUCAGUUUAGGGAAUACAGUUUUGAAACAAAACUGAAAGUAGAUGUGAUUCAUGAGAAAAGCAAUUUGGCAGAUAUGUUAGUUGCGUCUGGUUUUGCAGUGUAUUCUGAAGAUUCAGAUAAUAUUGAUGCAGUUACUACUCCUGGGUCUACUAAAAUCCCAUAUAAAUUAGAGAGUAAGCCUGUUUGCCCGUUAUUAGAUCAAAAUUGUUACCAAAGAGAAAAUAUAAAUUGUACAUGCACUGAGAAACAAAAGCUAAAAAAGCAGAAACCUGUAAAGGGGAAAGAUGUCUGUAAGAACCUCUUAAGGAAAAGCCAUAUUAGUAAAAGAUUACAUUCUAGAAAUUUAACAAUGAAGAAGAAGGUUGAUAGUGGAAAACAUAAUCCUCAAGGUACCAUUACAUUUGAUACAUGUGCAGCAGCUUCAUUUUGGGAACUACCUUAUAGUUUGAAGAAUAACACCAAUUGCGUUGAAAACAUUUUUGAAAAACUACCAACUGAAGGAAUAGAGGAAAAUAACACAAUAGACUUGAGAACAGCAGUAAAAGCACUGCAUGUUAAUGAAAAAAUUGUAUCAGAAGAACGCUUAAAAGUGGAGGGAGAUGAAAGCUCAGAUCGUUUCUGCAUCAGUUUGGCAACAAAUGAUACAUAGGAUACUCAGUAAUUACUCUUUUGUUUUAGAUGCUCCAGAUAUAUAAUAAAAGUGGUAAGCACAGGACAACUUGUAAUAUUGAAGCAUGUUAAAGGAAUCUAAAUUGUUCAGAUGAUUGCCCCAGGAGACAAUGAUUAGAAUGUUAUAGAAAUUUUAUGUGACCAAGAAUUGUGAUGAUUUGAUUUGAUUUAGGAAAUGUGGUUCACUCAUAAAGUGUCUUGAAAACAGUUUAUUUGAUAAACUCUUAUUUGCAUGUAGUUUCACAGUCAUUAGAUAAUAUCAUUUUACCAUUACCCUCUGACAUUUUUCAGAUGUCUUGCCUGACUAAAGCCUUUGUUUCAGUUGCUACUUGUAGAGUCAUGAUUGCAAUCACGCGUAAUAUAUAGACAGAGUUAAUGCUUUCGUAUUCCUUGGAAUAUAUAGGUGCGUAUGGGACUGAUGUUUAUUAAAAGGAUAUAGAAGAGAGAUCAGACUUAAUCCCAUCCUUCCCUCUCUUUAGCUCAUACAUGGUAUUUUUCUUUUUUUUUUAAUUUUAUUUUAUAGUUACAUCUAUUUUUAAUUUGAUUUUAUAUUUUUGGUUGCUUAUUAGUUAGUCGUGGAUAUUUGUGACAUUGAAGAACACUACUACCUAGUGGCGCGGGGCGUAGAUAUUUUGUUAAUGCAUUUAUCAGUGUAAAUUCCUGUGAAUUGAAUUUAUUUUGCAAGUAAACAUUUAUUAAGCAAAUUCAGAGUAUUGUUUUGGUGCAAAGAUAGAACCAUAAAAUUAUACAAGUGGACUUGAGUCAGUGUAAGCCAAAUAGUUAGGAAGACUAGAGAUUUGAUGAUUUAAAAAAUAUUUGGGAAAAUUGAGAAGUUUCCUAAGCUACGGACAAUCUAGUUUAUUAUUUGUACAUAGUUAUUGAAUGUGUUGAUAUUGUUGUAAUUUUUUUGUUUUUUUGUGAGGAAGAUCAGCCCUGAGCUAACAUCAGUUGCCAAUCCUCCUCUUUUUGCUGAGGAAGAUUGGCCCUGGGCUAACAUCCGUGCCUAUCUGCCUCUACUUUAUAUGGGACGCCGCCACAGCAUGGCUUGACAAGUGGUGCGCUGGUCAGCGCCCAGGAUCCGAACCUGCGAACCCCAGGCUACCGAAUCGGAGCACACGAACCUAACCGCUACACCACUGGGCCGGCCCCUAUUGUUGUCAUUUUUUUUGAGGUUAGGAAAUAAUUUCCAGAAAUACUGUUGUUCAUGAAUAAAUGUGAAUUUAAAUUUGGUAUCUUGAAAGGUAAAGAGUAUUAAAGGCAGGGAAACUUUAUGUAUAUCUUCUACAUUACAAGUUAAUCUCUAGUUCGUGGUUAUUUUAGAACAUAGAAUUUAACAUUUAUUCUUUAUAAACUAAUUUCUUUGAAUACUUUUGUGUCGUUUUCCCCCAAACCUUACCAGAUCUUGAAGAUUAUUUUCUACAAUU